AUGCAGAGGGUUACUCAAUGGAAUUUGGACUUCACCGAGCACAGUGAACAGGGAGAUAGGUACCGUGAGCUUGCUAACCGAGUUGAUGAGGCCCUUGGAUUCAUGGCUGCUGCUGGGCUCACAGUGGACCAUCCAAUCAUGAAAACAACCGAAUUUUGGACAUCUCAUGAGUGCUUAUUGUUGCCAUAUGAACAAUCCCUCACUAGGUUGGAUUCAACUUCUGGUCUCUACUAUGAUUGCUCAGCCCAUAUGCUUUGGGUUGGAGAACGAACCAGACAGCUCGAUGGUGCGCAUGUUGAGUUUCUAAGAGGAGUUGCUAAUCCCUUGGGAAUUAAGGUAAGUGAUAAGAUGGAUCCAAAUGAGCUUGUUAAACUCAUUGAGAUCUUGAAUCCCCAAAACAAACCAGGGAGAAUAACUGUGAUCACAAGGAUGGGAGCUGAAAAUAUGAGGGUGAAGCUUCCACAUCUCAUCAGGGCAGUGCGCAGGGCAGGACAAAUUGUCACUUGGGUCAGUGAUCCUAUGCACGGAAACACCAUUAAGGCUCCCUGUGGUCUUAAAACUCGCCCCUUCGAUUCCAUCAGGGCUGAGGUGAGAGCAUUCUUCGAUGUGCACGAGCAAGAAGGAAGCCACCCAGGAGGGGUUCAUCUAGAGAUGACGGGUCAAAAUGUGACAGAGUGCAUUGGUGGAUCAAGAACAGUGACAUUUGAUGACUUGAGCUCACGUUACCACACACACUGUGACCCAAGGCUCAAUGCUUCACAAUCUCUUGAGCUUGCUUUCAUCAUCGCUGAGCGUUUGAGAAAGAGCAGGAUGAGAUCGCAGGAAGCAAGUUCCCCUUUAGGACUGUAAAAGCGCCUCCAAAAUCAAACGAGAGAAAAAUAUCUUUGUUCUUUUUUUCCCCUACAUAUUUAUUAAUGUCACUUUUAUGCUGCAUGUGGAUUUGUUGUGUUGUGUUCGUAUGUGUAUACUAUUAUUACCUAGUAAUGAGUUUGAACUGCCAAGGACAAGAGUACUUCUCUUAAUAAUAAUGAAACAAAGACGUUUCUAUUAUGUUUCC